AUGCCUAUAGAUGAAGUUCAUCAGACUAUUCUUGUUAAAUAUAUCCCUGAUAGUUUGAACUUGACUGUUUAUGAUAUCAACCCCAUUGUACCUAAUGACAGAGCAACCUGGUAUUGCGACAUUGAUCUUGUCAAUGGAAGUAUUGGUAUCUAUAAUACUGAUGAGAAAAAAAAAACCUGGCUUCUAUUCGAUAUUUCAAUAUCUACUAGAAAUG